AUGAUUUUGACUUAUCUAUCAUCCUAUAAGCUUUUCUUAAGCCCAAUUUAUGUUACACCUAAACCCACGGCUACGAGCUUGGCUCAGCUGUACGGUCAAAAUUUAUCCAGCCAAAUAUUUAUUGAAUCUUCCGUCAACAUCGAACCGUCACUGCCCUUCCUAGAAGAUACGAAUAGUACCCUCUAUCUCAGAGUGCAGCAGUUCCAGUUUACCAUAAACCAACCCAAACUGUGUGACGGUAUCUAUGGAAACCAGGAGAAAGCCAUAGUCGUUGUUUGCAGUGCUAUCUCAAACUUUUUACUGAGACAAGCUGUUAGAACAACCUGGUCAUCGGAAGCUACAACUCACGGAAACUUCAGUUCAGUGCGUGUGGUUUUCUUACUCGGCAUGUCAACCGACAAUAAAACUGAACAGCUCGUACACAGCGAGAGCGUCAAAUAUUCAGAUGUAAUUCAGGCAAACUUUAUUGAUUCGUAUAAAAACUUGACUUUGAAGUCGGCUCUGAUGUUACGGUGGGUGACAGAAUUCUGCAACAGUGUGAAUAUUUUGGUAAAAAUAGAUGAUGACACAUAUCUAAAUCUUGAGAAACUGAUGAAAAAAAUACGUUCUAGCCAUCCCAGUAACUCGCUCAAAAUUCAUGGACUAACUUUCGGAAGAUCGAGACCAGUACGGAAACAAAAUCACAAAUGGUUUGUAUCAGUAAAGGAGUUUCCUUACCGGCACUAUCCUGAAUAUGCAUCGGGACCAAUGUACUUCAUGCCAGUUGAGGCAGCUCGCCGGUUGUACGGCGUCGUCGAAACUACUCGCUACAUCUCGAUGGAAGACGUGUUCGUUACGGGCCUUUGUGCAGAGAAAGCCGGCAUCAAGAGGGCGAAAGUGGCCGGAAUAAAGACCCUGGGAAGCGGAUCUUUCAGGUUACAUGCAUGUGCCUUCUCUCGUGAGCUUGCUAUACAUCACAUUACUUAUCGAAUGCUCAUUACCAGGUGGAAAUAUUUUCAACUAGUGAAGAGCAAGUGCAAAAGUUAUUAA